GGCUGCUGGUGAUCCUGGCUCGGAGUUCAGCCUCAUUGAGAGCGCUCUGAGCUGCGGGGACGGACGGACGUGGAACCCCAACGGACUGAACGUUUUCAGUAUUGUUUCCGACGGUCUCAACAAGAUGCCACUGGGUCAGGAUUGCCAUGCGUGGAAAAAGAAGACCUCAGAUGUGAAGGAGAAGUACGAGUUCAGAGAGAUACUGGGAACGGGAGCUUUCUCCGAGGUGGUCUUGGGCGAGGAGAAGAGGACGCACCAAUUGGUGGCCAUCAAGUGCAUCCCCAAGAAGGCGCUGGAAGGCAAAGAGAACAGCAUUGAGAACGAGAUAGCAGUCCUGCACAAGAUUAAACACCCCAACAUUGUGUCCCUGGAAGAGAUAUUUGAGAGCAAGUCACACCUCUAUCUUGUCAUGCAACUGGUAUCUGGUGGGGAGCUCUUUGAUCGUAUCAUAGAGAAGGGCUUCUACACGGAGAAAGACGCCAGUAAGCUGAUUCAGCAGAUUCUGGAUGCAGUUAAAUACCUCCAUGACCUGGGCAUUGUGCACCGUGACCUCAAGCCAGAGAAUUUACUGUACGACACCAUAGACGAAGACUCCAAGAUCAUGAUCAGCGACUUUGGUCUGUCUAAAAUUGAAGGCUCUGGCAGUGUGAUGUCAACAGCCUGCGGGACGCCCGGAUAUGUUGCCCCUGAAGUUUUGGCACAGAAACCUUACAGUAAAGCAGUGGACUGCUGGUCUAUUGGUGUCAUUGCAUACAUUCUCUUGUGUGGAUAUCCUCCUUUCUAUGAUGAAAAUGAUGCCAAACUGUUUGAGCAGAUCCUGAAGGCAGAAUAUGAGUUUGACUCUCCAUACUGGGAUGACAUCUCUGACUCUGCUAAAGAUUUCAUAGUUCACCUGAUGGCGAAAAGCCCGACUGAACGCUACACCUGUGAGCAGGCUCUGCAGCACCCCUGGAUUGCCGGGGAUACCGCCCUGGACAAGAACAUUCACGAGUCUGUCAGUGCACAGAUAAAGAAAAAUUUUGCAAAGAGCAAGUGGAAGCAAGCGUUCAAUGCCACUGCAGUGAUUCGUCACAUGAGGCGUCUCCAGCUGAGCACUGGUAUGGAGGGGCCCAGCCCCCCUCACCUGCUGAUGCCAGAGGAAGAUCCAGAGGCGUGCACCCUCCGCUGCCACCUGAACAGCAGUGUGUGAUACACAACCUGCUUCAUGUACGCAUAGAUCCCCAAAUCACUUUCCAGUUUUAACUUCCUCAGUGGGUCCAGAGGCACCACCAUCUCCUCCUCCUUUGUCUGGCUGGGAAUACAGCGUCAUUCCAACCUGUCGCCUGCAGGGGGAGCAAGACUGUUGAGCCUGGGAGGGAAGGACAAAGUUUGAAAAGGAGGUGGAGGAAGACUUGGUAUUAAUCAUGAUGCAGCAGAGUGGGUUUUUUCCUUUUUUUGAAUGAGAUGAAAUGGAUACCAUGGUAGGAGAGUACACAACCUCCCCCACGUUUGUGUUGAGAUGGAGGGGUUGUUUUUACAAGAGCAGGGCAGAACUCGUUGGACUAUUUUUUUUUUAAAUUCAGCCUGGUUCUUUGUUGGUUUUAUCGUUUUGUAUACAUUUGUGUUGCGUCAUUUGCUUCCUACUUUUAAGCUCAACUCUGUGUCUGCAUGAUCAGGAAGGGGGCAGUUUCCCCAUUGCAUGAUUUAUCCUUAAACUUCACUGUUGCAGAAAUGCCGCGUCGCAUUAAAGAGCGAGCGUUGUUCAAUGGUUGAAUUGGCAAAUUUUACAUCUUCAAGAGGAUCAGCAACGGAGCAGAUUUAUUUAAUGAACAUGACAUUUACUCGCUAUGUAGCCUUUCUUGUGGAAUUAUAAUGUUUCCAUGCAGUGGUUCUGCCUCCUGGGAAGAAAAAGGCUUUAAUUUGUCGUUUUUUUUAAACUCUAAACUUCUUUAACAAAAGAUUAAUUCUUGUCUAAGGUGCCUUUAGGAAGGAUUUAUUGGUGGUAGCUUGUUUAAAUAUGGGGACUACUUCCUGUAACAUUAUAUUUUUGUAUGUCUUGUUAGGUUAAAUUGCAAUUUUAGUGUAUUUUUUAUACAGCUUAACUGUUAUAGCCGCAGCUUGCAUAAUUGUAAAAAUAUUUU